UAGCCACCUGAAUCCUUGAGGGUCAAGCGUUAGUCGCUCAAUUCCUCGCCGAGUCGCAUCGCCUAUUGCCCCAAGGCCGGCUCCUUGCUAAGAAACUUCUUACAGAGCCGGCAUCGAUUUCCAUAGACUAGGGUAUGCUCUCUCCUGCUUCUCCCCUCUCGCGCUUUCUGGGUAGCGUAAAAUGAUCAGGUCCUAGCUCAUCUUAUAUGAUUAUAUGUGUAUAUGUAGCAUGCGUGUGGGCUAACCGGCCACCCCUCUGCUUCGGGAACGCGGGGCUUUUUAUAUGGAUCGACUUGAAAGGAUCCCUCCCUCUAUCCGAGACAGGCGCAGACGGUCGGGCAGCGGAGCGGCUACUCCUCCGACGCUUUGCCGAGAGCGGUGUUCUUAUGGCGACGGCGGAGUACCACGGCCAUAGUCCGGGGCGACCCCGCGUCAUCACCUCUCUCAAGGAGAACACCCUCAGAAAGGGUAUUAGAAGGUUUGUCGGUUCCUUUAUGCAGCGGCUACGUGGCCCGUUCGAAGCAUACUGUAGAAUUAAAGGCGUUAAAUAUCGAGUACCCAGGAUAUCCAGUCUUGAAGUCCCAAGCCACAAAGUGACACCAGUAGGGCUAAGCUUACGGUCAGAAUGCGUAGGCUAAGUAUUGCGCCACAGGACUUUAUGACCUCACCUCGUGCUACCCAGGAGGUAAGGUAUAGCAGCUCCUACCGUGACGGGCCAUU